GUUUACAUCUGCGAAGACCAUCACUGGGGCGGAAAAUGCGAAUACAAAGUGUCUCACCUCGGCAGCGCUCCAGAGGACUGCGUGGAACUUGAUGGCUCUGCGUCGUCAAUCGGGCCGGACCAGGGUUACUACUGUAUUUUCUAUACGCAAGGCUCCCCUUUAAACGCCUUCUGUCGCCGACUCGCAAGUGAUGGCUCCGACAACAUCUCAGUUUCAUAUCCAGGAGAACCGAACUUGUUGGACACGCACGCAGGCAACUGGAACGAUAAGGUCAGGAGCUACAACUGUUUCAAGGACGACGAUUUUGAGGCAUCAGAUAAGUGA